ACAGUGUGGACGCGUUCCCAGGCGGCCUCAGCCCCAGCCCCGCCUGACAGGAUGAGCGGCUCAGAUGCGGGGCUGGAGGAGGAGCCGGAGCUCAGCAUCACCCUCACACUGCGCAUGCUGAUGCACGGGAAGGAGGUGGGCAGCAUAAUUGGGAAGAAAGGAGAGACUGUAAAGCGAAUCCGGGAACAGAGCAGUGCCCGGAUCACCAUCUCUGAGGGCUCCUGCCCUGAGCGCAUCACCACCAUCACUGGGUCUACAGCAGCUGUCUUCCACGCAGUCUCCAUGAUCGCCUUCAAGCUGGAUGAGGACCUCUGUGCUGCUCCUGCAAACGGAGGGAGUGUCUCCAGGCCUCCAGUGACCCUGCGCCUUGUCAUCCCUGCAAGCCAGUGUGGCUCGCUGAUUGGGAAGGCAGGCACCAAGAUCAAGGAGAUCAGAGAGACUACAGGUGCCCAGGUGCAGGUGGCAGGAGACCUGCUCCCCAACUCCACAGAGCGUGCUGUCACCGUGUCCGGGGUGCCUGAUGCCAUCAUCCUGUGUGUGCGCCAGAUCUGUGCUGUCAUCCUGGAGUCCCCACCCAAAGGGGCCACCAUCCCGUACCAUCCGAGCCUCUCCUUAGGCACCGUGCUCCUCUCCACCAACCAGGGGUUCUCUGUCCAGGGUCAGUAUGGCGCUGUGACUCCAGCUGAGGUCACCAAGCUCCAGCAGCUCUCGGGCCACGCAGUCCCCUUCGCCUCACCCAGCAUGGUGCCAGGACUGGACCCUAGCACACAGACCAGCUCACAGGAGUUCUUGGUUCCCAACGACCUGAUCGGCUGCGUGAUCGGGCGCCAGGGCAGCAAGAUCAGUGAGAUCCGGCAGAUGUCAGGGGCACAUAUCAAGAUCGGGAACCAAGCCGAGGGCGCUGGUGAGCGGCACGUGACCAUCACUGGUUCACCCGUCUCCAUCGCCCUGGCCCAGUACCUCAUCACUGCCUGUCUAGAAACGGCCAAGUCUACCUCUGGGGGGACACCCGGCUCGGCCCCCACAGACCUGCCUGCCCCUUUCUCGCCACCCCUGACGGCCCUGCCCACCGCUCCCCCAGGCCUGCUGGGCACGCCCUAUGCCAUCUCCCUCUCCAACUUCAUCGGCCUCAAGCCCGUACCCUUCUUGGCUCUACCACCUGCCUCCCCAGGGCCACCGCCGGGCUUGGCGGCCUACACUGCCAAGAUGGCAGCGGCCAAUGGGAGCAAGAAAGCUGAGCGGCAGAAAUUCUCCCCCUACUGAGGCUGGCUGAGGCACAGGUGUGGGGGCAGGCAGGACCGCCGGCAGGGGGCUGCCUCUGCUACCUGCCCAAGGACUCCACCCCGGGAGGGGGCCCCAAACGCCGCUAAUGCCCAGACGCAUGGAUGCACCCCCCCACCCUGCCCCGGUCUGUGGGAGCUCCUGCUCUCAGGGGGUGGUUUCCGGCCCAGGGUUUUGGGAGCUGUGGCAGCCCCAGGAUAGGGGGCUUGACCCCCUCUAGCUCUGUGCUUGGAUGCAGGGAGCAUCCUAAGUGCCCCCACUUUGGGGGGGUCACUCAUGCACUCCCCAUCCCUCAGGGCUUCCCUUCCACUGUCCCCUGUGUGGGGGUCCGGGAGGAGGCCUGGGGGUGGCUGGGGGCCUUGCUUCUCUCCCCACCUCCCUGCAGAUUCCUGCUGCUUCCACUGAUACCCUUUUGACUGGAACGGACUGGCUGGGCUUGGCAGAGGGCAGCCCGAAGAGGGGGCACUGCCAGGCAGCUGGGGGAGUGGCAUGGGGGCAGGGGCCGAGUUCUCAGCAGCAGAUACUCUGUACAGUUUUUUCAAUUCCUGUUUUUGAAUAAAUAUUCUCAGAGACCAGGAA